CAGAAGAAAUAUUCAAGAAAAUAAUUUUCAAAACCUAAUUUUGAUUCAUCCUGACAACCAACUUUUACAAAUUAUAGAUAUAUUUAUGACACUGCAAAACCUGUAACAUGUCACACAUGAAUAUUUCUUGUCCAUUACAUGUAUAAGGUGUAAAACGGGAAAAGGCGAUACCUUUUCAGAAAUCUACAAACCUGCCAUGCUGAAUAUUGAGACCUCUUGAACAAACAAGGAACAAAGUCCAGAAUAACAGUUGAUCAGCCCGUUUCAGUUCCGCAUAAUGGUUCAGACAGAAAUGGGACUCGUCAAGAUUGCAGGGAUGCAGUUUGCAUCCGGAGGGUGCGCAGGAUUUGUUGAAGUGUGUCUGAUGAACCCAUUAGAUGUUGUGAAGACAAGGUUUCAAAUACAACGUGGGCCAGAUGAUCCAAAUCGUUACAAGGGUCUGGUGGACUGUUUCACACGCAUGUACAAGACUGAAGGAGCAUUGUCAUUCUACAAGGGUAUCUUGCCACCAAUCCUAGCAGAGACUCCCAAAAGAGCUACAAAGUUCUUCUGCUUUGAACAAUACAAAUCCCUCUUUGCAUUUGCACCAGUUCCUGUGAUGCUGUCCAUGGCAGGGUUGUUCUCUGGAUUGACAGAGGCUAUAGUCAUUAAUCCAUUUGAAGUUGUCAAAGUCAAACUUCAGGCUGAAAGGUCAACAUUUGCUGAACAAAAGUCAGCAUUUGCCACAGCCAGGCAGAUUGUGACUGUCCAUGGAUAUGGUGCUCAUGGUUUAUCUAAAGGUCUUACCUCAACAUUAGGAAGACAUGGCAUCUGGAACAUGUUUUACUUUGGGUUCUAUCACAAUGUCAAGGAACUUAUUCCAGUACCAGAGGAUCCAAAGUAUGAUCUAGCAAGGAGAUUUCUUAUUGGUCUAGCUGCUGGGUCCCUUGCUUCAGUCAUGAACAUUCCAUUUGAUGUUGCCAAGAGUCGUAUACAGGGCCCCCAACCCGUACCAGGGCAAAUCAAAUAUAGAUACUGCUUCAAGACUAUUGCUAUGAUAUACAGAGAAGAGGGAUUCCUUGCUCUAUAUAAAGGGCUGCUGCCAAAGUUAUUGAGAUUGGGACCAGGUGGUGCUAUUAUGCUCAUAGUCUACGAAAAUGUUUUUGAAUUUAUGAAGAAAAACUUUGGCUGAUUCCAUGCGGUAAGAACAGUGCUUAGUGUCUUAACCUAUACUAGUCAAUUUGAGAACAUAUAGAUGGGUGAAGGUAUUUUACACAUGCAGUAUUUUCAUUUGCCAAAGAGUCGAUUCUCAUUUAGUCUGGAAAUAUUAUAGUUCAGUGUUUAAAGUAAAACCUGUGUCAGUGUUCCACUCUCAGCUGUAUAUUGAUUGAUUUGUCCAUGUAGUUUCACUUUUACCAUUGAUUUAAUAAAAGAAAGUAUGUAACAUACAUGUAUAGAUGAUUUUCACCAUCUGCCAUUUGCAAGAGAAAUGUGAGGGACUUGUGUGUAUUUUUGCAAUGCUUAUCCCAUAUUGAUAUUAAAAGAAGAACUUGUAAGAGGGCUGGGGAAGAUAUCUAUGAAAUAUUUUUUGAAAGUUCAAUUUAAUGAAGACUCAUUGAAAUUCCAAUACUUCCCCUGACAUACAUUCUCAAAAUGAAAUUAGAAACAUUGGUAUUAGACUCAACCCUAAAGAUACACAAGCCUGGUAGCUCAUGUAGUUGGCCUUUUUGAUAUGAUAAAGAUAUAACAUGAUGAUUUAUUGUAAGAUGUUAUCAUUUUUUAAGAGAAUAAUUUACAUAUGGUUGUGAUGUCUACAUAUGUAUUAAUCUGGCCAAAAUGACUU